AUGGCUAUUACGGCAGCUUCCGCUGCUUCAGGACAGAACUCCAUUACUGUUGCUGUUCGAGUUCGACCAUUCACGAUCCGCGAAGCUGCUUCUUUGCAAAAGAACGAUGAUGGAACUCUCUUCCUCGGCGACGGCUCUCUUGCCGCUGCGCCCACACCAAAGCUACACCAACGUGGUAUUCGAAACGUGAUCAAGGUCGUCGACGACCGUUGUCUAGUCUUUGACCCCCCCGAGGACAACCCCGUACAAAAGUUCGGCCGUUCGGUCGUACCCUCAUCGAAAAAGGUCAAGGACCAAGUCUUUGCUUUUGAUCGAGUCUUCGACGAUAACACAACACAAUCCGAAGUCUACGAAGGCACCACCAGAACGCUCCUCGACAGCGUGCUCGAUGGCUACAAUGCGACUGUUUUCGCCUAUGGCGCCACUGGCUGUGGAAAGACACACACCAUUACCGGUACCGCCCAACAUCCUGGCAUCAUUUUCAUGACCAUGCAGGAACUGUUUGAGAAGAUUGAUGAGCGCAGCCAAGACAAGGUCGCCGAGCUGAGUCUGAGCUAUCUUGAGAUUUACAACGAAACCAUUCGCGACUUGUUGCUUCCAGGCGGCGGUGGUAAGGGUGGUUUGAUGCUCAGAGAGGACAGCAACCAGGCUGUUAGCGUCUCUGGAUUGACGAGUCACCACCCCAAGGAUGUCCAGGAAGUCAUGGAUUUGAUUGUCCGAGGAAACGAAUACCGUACAGUCAAUGCUACCGAGGCCAACGCCACCUCUUCUCGAUCACACGCCGUUCUUCAGAUCAACAUUGCCCAGAAGGACAGAUCCGCUGGUGCUAGCGAACCUCACACCAUGGCCACCCUCAGCAUCAUCGAUCUUGCUGGAUCCGAGCGAGCGUCUGUCACCAAGAACCGUGGUGAGCGCCUUACCGAGGGUGCCAACAUCAACAAAUCCCUUCUCGCCCUUGGAGGCUGCAUCAACGCUCUCUGCGACCGUCGCCAGAAACAACACGUUCCUUACCGAAACAGCAAGCUUACUCGACUGCUCAAGUUCUCCCUCGGUGGAAACUGCAAGACUGUUAUGAUUGUGUGUGUCUCACCAUCGAGCGCGCAUUUCGACGAAACUCAAAACACCCUUCGAUACGCCAACCGGGCAAAGAACAUCCAGACCAAGGUGACGCGCAACGUCUUUAACGUCAACCGCCACGUCAAGGACUUCUUGGUUAAGAUCGACGAGCAGAUGGCUUUGAUCAACGAGCUCAAGGCCCAGCAGAAGGACGCCGAAGGCAUGUUCUUUGCUAAAUUCCGAAAACAGUGCGACAAGCGGGAUGCCCUCACCCGAGAGGGUGUUCAGCGACUUCGAACAGCCUACGAACACUCUGCUACUGAGCGUCAAGAGCGCAUCAACAACAUGAAGCGACUCAAGUCUUUCGAGCGCCGAAUCACUGUGCUUUCUGGAUGGAUUGCCGCAUUUGAUAACAUUUGCGACCAACGAGGCGGGGACGACUCAAUGCCAGAGAACCUGGUUGCGAUUCGAAGAACUGCACAGGGUAUUCUUGUUGAGCUGGAGAACAGCCGACACCACAUUCACCAAAAGAUGAACAAUCCAGGCUGGGAGCGUGCUAUCGACACAGCUUUGUCGCAUGGCCUGCAACAACUUCAAAGUACCGAUGGUGCCGACAAUGGAGAAGUUGAUACGUUGACCCGCGAAGCUGAGCUUCUCAAGGCCAACUUUAACCGCGAGGCUUACUCGGAGGUCUUGGACCAGGACAGGGCUGGCGAUGCUGCUAUGGUGCAGAUGCUUCUCACUGCGCAAUUCGAUAUUCUCGCCUCACUUUCCGAUACCCUCGCCAUGGACGAGGAAGAAGCUGUCGCUCACGCCAAGGAGAUGAUUAACCGUCUCCUCCAAACCGGCUUCGCCGCUGCUGGGCAGGUUGUCAAGCCUGAUGGCUCUAUGCCUGUACUGGAGGUCUUUUCACCUAGAAAACGAGGCACUCCCAAGCGAAGCAAGAAGACGAUUCCGAUGCAUAUCAAGCCUGUCCCGGCCCCUGUCUUCACCUCAUCGCAAACCGAGCACGCCGCCCCCGUCAGUCCCAUCAAAGGAUCCCCACGACGUCGUAAGGUGAUGGGAGCUUCCAAGAAGAGCAUCAGCUUCACACCGAUCAAAAUGGUGAAGAAGAAGGGAGGAGUCCGAUGGAGGGAUGAUGAGACAGAGGGCACAUUGGCCGACUUUGAGAAGACACCCCAAAAGUUCAACUCACCCGAUAUUUCCUCACCUGAGAAGAGCAUCAUCGCGCCUGUCAUGCCUUCUUACCUAGAGCCUGAGGAGCCAACAAUUCAGGAGUCAAGUCCCAGCCUCGAAAUUCCUGAGACGAGCAUCUUGGGAGGUCCCAAGCCAAGUAGGUUCCAGGCAGGAUUCCUUGCCAAGGGAGCUAGACACUCUCUUGCUUCUGAGGGAUCACCCAAAGCGCCAACCAUGAGCCUCAACCUAGGCUCAGUUUCUCCUGAUGUUGCGCGAACACCACCCUUGCGAUCACUGGAUGUCACUAAGAGUGGCAACUUUUCACCAUCGCCAUCAGGGCUCGGUAUUCCACGAGCUAUUAGACGCCUACCCACGAUACACGACGAGAACAACCCUCCCGGAUCUGGAUCUGAUUCCGAGACGAGCACUAUUGAUGCUCGAAAGCUUCAGAACGCCCUUCGUACCGCCAUGAAGGAGAAGGCCCGUAGAGCGAGCAUUCUGGCCGGUACAGGUUCCUCAAGCGUCAAGCGCGUAUCGUCAAUGGGAGCAUUGGAGCGUACUGGACCCAGACCCAGCCUUCCUGGGGCUCUUGCCAGCACCACCAACGGAAUUUCUCGACUUCGCCGAAAUAGCGCUGAGAGGAGGAGAAGCCCCCCGAUGACGUGCUUGUCUCAAGACUUCAAGAUUGAUAAGGCCCUGACACAGGGUCAAGCUAGGCGCAUGAACAUGAGCAGCACACGGAUGGAGGUCACUGGAGGAAGUCCUCAGGGCGGCGGUAUGGCCGGUGGUCCUGCGCGACGGAUCACCAUCAGUACUGGACCUGGAUCUGCACAUCAGCGUCAGGACAGCAGGAAUGGUACGGGUUGGCGAUGA